CCGGUCGCCGCUGCGGACGGCGCUUUAUUGUCGCCCACGGCCGAGGCCGCGCCAGCCCCGCGGGGCCUCGGCUGCCUCUGCAGCCGCGCCCGCCAGGCCGAGCCCACGGGCCCUGCGCCCUAGGCUGGGCCCGCGCAGGGGUAGCCUUGUCCACCAUGAAAGGCUCACGGACCAUCAGCGCGACUCCUGAAGGCAGCCCAGAAGGUGUAGACUUAAGUCUGGUUGGCUUCCCUCUUCCCAUGUCCCAGCGGCCCAGCAGCGCCUCUGCCACCAAGUCCAUUGUCCGCUCCAUCUCUGUGGCCACGGACAGUGAGCCAAGAAAAAAGGCACUGGAGGCCGCAGGGCCUGGGGGCUCGCGCGCUAUCAACAACCUUCGGAGAUCUAAUAGUGCCACACAGGUCAACCAGGCAUGGGCCGGCUCCCCCAGGCCAGCGGAGCCCACCGACUUCCUGACGCUCUUUGAGGGUGGCACAAGAGGGAGACGGAGGGUGGCCAGUCUCAGCAAGGCGUCCAGUGAGAAAGGAGCAACGUGGAAUGUCCUGGAUGACCAGCCUAGGGGCCUUGCCCUGCCGGCCAGUGUCCAGAGUCCCAGCACCCUCGACCCUGCCUUGGGCCCUCGGAGGAAGGAGUGUGCCCUGGCACCCAGCUUCACGGCUAACAACAGGAGCAACAAAGGAGCCGUGGGCAACUGUGUCACCACCAUGGUGCAUAACCACUAUGCGUCCUCGAAGAAGGCGUCACCCCCCAAGAGCUCCAACCAGACAGCCUCCUCCCUCAACAAUCUUGUCAAGGCAGCAGCGCGUGAGGGCAGUGAGGGCAGUGACUUUGUGAAGCCUCGGAAGAACUUCUCCAGUGGCGGUCACUCUGCCCGGGGCACCACCGGCCUGCUGAGACGGAAGGAGGUGACUGAGGAGGAAGCCGAGAGGUUUAUCCACCAGGUAAACCAGGCUGCAGUUACUAUCCAACGCUGGUACCGCUGCCAGGUACAGAGGCGCCGAGCAGGAACGGCAAGCCUGGAGCACCUGCUGGCAUCCAAACGAGAGGGGCAGAGGCGGCGCCUGGGUAGUGGGAACAUUCUGGACCUGCACCGGCAGGAAGAGGCAGCAAGGAAGAAGGCCCGGGAGGAGAAGGCUCGCCAGGCCAGGCAGGCAGCCAUUCAGGAACUGCAGCAGAAACGAGCCCAGAAGGCAGCCGAGGCUGAGGCCAGGCUGCCGAAGGACAGACCAGAGCCCAGAGCCCCAGAGCAGCCUCAACCCUCCCAGGGGCCACCCUCGAUGCAUGGCAGUGCCGCCCACCCCAAGGCCAACAAUUCUGGUGCCGGCAUCUACCCCACAGGCCCUGGAGAGCCCUGGCCUCCCGCCUCCGAGUCAGCCCCCGAACCCCAGCAGUCUCCAGAGGACAGGCCGCAGGAUAUGCAUUCCCAGGAUGUAGCCAGACAGGACUUGGAAGAGUUGGGUACAGCCAAGAGCAAGGCCAGGGCCAGAGCAACCCUGGACGAGCUGCUUGACACCUUGAGGCUCCUGGAGGAGGAGCCUGAGCCACUGCCCCGCCCCAAGGCCUUUCACAAGGACAGACCUGCCUGGACUGACGAGGCGAGUGGGCACCGGGCACCCACACCAUCCACCCAGGAGGAGGAUGCCAGCUCCCUGACAGCUGACAAUCUGGAGAAAUUCGGGAAACUCAGUGCACACCCCAGCCCACCUGAUGAUGGGACUCUGCUGUCAGAGGCCAAGCUGCAGAGCAUCAUGAGCUUCCUGGAUGAGAUGGAGAAGUCAGGACAGGACCGGCCAGCACCCCGGCGGGAGAGCCUGGGGCCAGAGGCGGGCCAAAGACCCCUGGAACCAGGGUCUGAGGGGAGUUCAUCCAUGAUGCGGCUGAAGCUGGAGGUGGAGGAGAAGAAGCAGGCCAUGGUUCUGUUGCAGAGAGCCUUGGCACAACAGCGUGACCUCACCAUCCGACGGGUCAGGGAGGCGGAGAGGGAGCUGAGCCGGCAGCUUCGGCUGCAGAAGGAGCACUACGAGGCCACCAUCCAGCGGCACCUGUCCUUCAUUGACCAGUUGAUCGAAGACAAGAGAGUUCUGAGUGAGAAGUGCGAGGCGGUGGUGGCUGAGCUGAAGCGAGGGGACGAGCGGAGUCGGGAACGUGUGACCCAGAUGCAGGAGCAGCACGAACUGGAGAUUAAGAAACUCAAAGAACUCAUGAGUGCCACCGAGAAAAUCCGCCGCGAGAAGUGGAUCAAUGAGAAGACGAAAAAGAUCAAGGAAAUCACAGUCAGAGGUCUAGAGCCCGAGAUCCAAAAACUGAUCGCCAAGCACAAGCAAGAGGUGAGGAGGCUCAGGGGCCUGCACGAGGCUGAGCUGCAGCAGCGUGAGGAGCAGGCCGCACAGCGCCACCUGCGCCAAGCGGAAGAGCUGCGGGAGCACCUGGAGCGGGAGAAGGAGGCACUGGGCCAGCAAGAGCGGGAGCGCGCCCAGCAGAGGUUUGAGCAGCACCUGGAGCAGGAGCAGCGGGCCUUGGAGCAGCAGCGGCGGCGGCUCUACAGUGAGGUGGCUGAAGAGAAGGAGCGACUGGGCCAGCAGGCAGCCAGGCAGCGGCUGGAGCUGGAGGAGUUGAGGCAGCAGCUGGAGGAGAGCAGCGCGACACUCACCAGAGCCCUGAGAGCCGAGUUCGAGAGGAGCCGAGAGGAGCAGGAGCGGAGGCACCAGAUGGAGCUGAAAGCCCUGAAGGACGAGCUGGAGGCUGAGAGACAGGCAUGGGUGGCCAGCUGUGCCAAGAAGGAGGAAGCCUGGCUGCUGGCCAGGGAGCGUGAGCUGAAGGAGGAGAUCCGGAAAGGACGGGACCAGGAGAUCGAGCUGGUCAUCCAGCGGCUGGAGGCGGACAUGACGCUGGCCAAGGAGGAGAGCGAGAGGGCAGCCGAGAGCCGUGUGAAGCGCGUGCGGGACAAGUACGAGAUGGAGCUGUCGGAGCUGGAGCAGUCAGAGCGGAAGCUUCAGGAACGGUGCACAGAGCUGAAAGGACGCCUCGGGGAGGCUGAAGGGGAGAAGGAGCGGCUGCUGGCCCUGGCUCGGCAGAAGGAGAAGGAACUAGAAGACCUGAGGGUGGUGAACGCACAGAGGUGCGGGGAGCGGGCCAGCCUGGCCCAGGUGGUCAGACAGGAGUUUGCCGACCAGCUGGCCGCCUCCCAGGAGGAGUCCCAGAAGGUGAAAGCAGAGCUGGCGGAGCUGCGGGCGCGCCAGCAGAUGGAGCUGGACGAGGUGCAUCGGAGGGUGAAGACGGCUUUGGCGAAGAAGGAGGAGGCCGUGAACAGUCUCCGGAAGCAGCACGAGGCUGCGGUGAAGCGGGCGGAGCACCUGGAGGAGCUGCUGGAGCAACACAGACGGCCAUCCUUGAGUGCCAAGUGACGUCACCCUGGGGAUGAAAACCAAGCCUGAGGCCUAGCCCUGCAGCUGGCGUGUGAGAGGUGCCCUGGCCCAGAAUACAGGGCUAAGGGAACAGCUGCGCCCGAGGCACCCUCUUGCAGCCCCGCGCUCAGGGCCUGACUGCCAGCAUGCCUGCAGCUGUUUAUAGUAAAAUCGAUUUUUUUUUUUUUUUUUUUUUUUUUUUUGUAGCGUUUUGUGCCACCUGCUGUCUUUCUCUACUGUGUUGGGUUUGGGGGACAGGGAGCCAGAGACCAGAGAACCUCAUAGCAUGGCCAGGAGUGGUGCUCAAGCCAUAGACUAGCUCCGAGUCCUACCUCUCUCCUUCCGCCUGUCCAAGCUGGCCAGAGGUGGCCGGCAGCCCCCUGUGCACUCAAGCUCCAGUCCCCUGCAGGUACUGGCCAUUUGUUCCCACCCAAGAAUUCACCUCCUGGAAGAGACUGUGUCUCCAGCCCAGCCAGGGACCUCAGCUGCUGCUGCUGCUUUUGUAUCUAUUUCAUUUUAAAAAAGUUAGUGUGUGUGUCUGUGU